AUGGCCCGCUCCCGAGUGCCACGCACUGCGGACGAGCUCAGGGCUCAAGCGGUGGCCAAAGGCUACAAAAGAGGCGUGCACACCAAGAAGGACAAGCUUCGCAAGCAAGGGACGCAUAACAGCACAACCAAGAAGAAUCAAAACGCGACCUUGCGUCGUUACACUAUUUGGACGCUUCUGGCAUUACAGGACGCUGCCGCCGAGCAAGGAUUACCGCCUCCCGACGAGGAAACAGCUCGAGACCACUGUCUUCGACUUGGGUUGCAAGCACCGGAGUUGGCGACCGUGAAAGACUUCAUACGUUUCUACGCCACCACAAGCAACCCUCGACUCGACGAAGAACUUCCGACGGUCGACUCAAUCAACACUGUGGCUGAGUGGUUCUUUGCGGGUUUCGCACGAGUCACCGGAACUGAGAUACAAGAAGAGGACCGAACGGAAGUAUAUCAUUUUGUCCGGACAACGCUGGUGGAGGAAGGGGUGGUAGUUAACAAACACCGACUGAAGCAUAACUUUAGCGAGGAAUCCCUUGUACGCGUCCAUCGUACCCUCUGGACUAAGGACGAUUUGAUCUUCAUCCCAGAGCGAUAUAGGAUCCAGACUACCUUCAUCACUAACGUAUACUGCUGGACGGGUGCCAGGCUAUCCGCUUUCUUCACGGGCGGCCUUCGCUAUGAGGACACUGAGAUAGUGCUACAGCGUGCCGGAGACGGCCAACCAUGGGCGGCCACUUGGAAGCUUAAUCAGCGCUGGGUCAAGAAUAACCGUGACCCUGAGAACAUCGUAUUUGGAAGUGCCCACCGAGAGCACAAUAAGUUUAUCUUCAACGAGACCGGCUUUCUUAUCAUGAUGGCUAUCGCCGACGGGGCCUUAUUUGGAGUUAGCUCGAUUGAAGACCUCCUGCAAAAAAGGAUACUCCCAGGGGAGAAGGUCUUGCACCUGAGAUACAAUGAAUCGGCUUUGAAGAAACCUAUUCUUCGAAAAUGUAAAAUGAGUGGCGAGGUUACGGACGAACCUAUGCCUAAGUCGGCGUUCGUGGCCAUUUGGAAGAGCAAUUGUUCUAACGCCGACUUUUUCGAGAUCCCCACGAUUCACGCAGUCCGACGGAGCCUGGGUCAUCAAGUUGAGAAGGACUAUACUCCCGUUCAGCUCAGCCAGCUCCUGACACAGGCGGACGUCCGCGUUUUCGGCCAAAGCUAUCUCGCGAAUUGCUCCUCGGUCGAUGGACAAGCGGCUUUCUUGAGAGAGAUAAGUGAUCACCGCCACAUUGAAUAUUUUCAGAGCGUCGAAAGGUUUCUCGAACCAGGCCUUCCUCACAAGCUCCCAGCCCGCGUCGAGGAUGAAUUAAGUCGUGACCCAGAACUGUGUAGGCUACAAGAGCAAGUCGCUACUCUCGAGCGGAAGGGGACCACAGGCACUGCCAUCCAGGAGGCAAGAGGAUUAGUGUCAAACUACCGUCGAAAGUUGCAUCGAAGAGCGCAUCGCAGAUUUCAGCUGCAAUGGGUACGCGACCGUAGAGACUGGAAAAUCCUCACGGACGGAAAUGAACGUCCGAAGGACCCUAGUAAUACCGACCUGGUUGAGCACCUGUGUGUCAUCCUACCUGAACGAGGUCGUCUCGCUCGGUGGAUGUGUCAAGACCGGCCACUGUCUCCGGAGUCGAUGUGGCAGGCUAUCAGCGACUUACACUCAUUGUGUACUCGAGAUCUCACAGUCCUUUACCUGCCUGGCCUAAACCCGCGUGAUGGGAAGUGCCCUGUACAAUCGUGUCAAAAGUCAAUGGAGGAGCUAUCUCGCAGCCAGCGUAACCACCAUAUUCAGAUGUGUAUCCGCCGCGAUAUGGCGAAGAAGCUCGGCCGGCUGCAGACGCAUAUCCACUAUUGCCACAUUUGCUUUAACUGGGUGGUUGGAGAGGACGAAUGGGAGUCACAUUGUGCCUCACACCUUUCGUCGCUAAAGACCAAAAGAUGCGGAACGCUCUCCUACGGCAAUACACUCAUCCGACCCGCCUACUCUCCCUUUCUUCUCGGGAGCAAACUACCAGCCGCGCGCCGGUUGCAGUCUUGGAGUCGCGACUUUGACCUAUGGAAGCACGUGAACGACGAACUUGAAGGCCGUCGCUGGCCGAUGCCAUGUCCCCACCCGCUGUGUGAUGAUAUCACACUCUCGGACGACCGCGAUCUACGGUUCCAUUUUGUUGACGACCACGAGCUUCCCCGGACCCGGCCUGCGUCGCCUGCGAGUCCCGACCACCUCCGUGCACCUGGACGAACUACCAAGGUGACAGAUGAGCAUGGCACGCAGAAUCGGAAGCGAAAACCCACCUGUGAGGAUGAUGUUGUUGAAUGGCAGCUCACCGAUUACGUGCACUCCUCCCUUCGUACGGGACCUUCACCCUCUGCACGCCCACCUAAGAAGGCACGUUCUACCAAUUCGACGAUUUCGCCGUCACUGCUCUCUGUUAUCGACCUGACCGACGGUGGAGAUGAGGCUAAGCUAGACACCGCCCCUCUACCCUGGACAGAAGAUCCGACAAUCGGUGAGCCUGGCGACAUAGAGCCUGAGUGGGAUGGGGAUGAUCUCUUCCAAGGAGUGGAUGAGCAGCUUGACGACGAGCUGUCUUUAGUCGGCAGUACGACGACGGGCGUAGAGAGAGCCUCGGGUGUUAUGUUCGCGCCAGAAGUGAUGAACAACAACUCUAAUUUGGAUGCAUUGUUCGAUCAAUAUAUCCGAUCACCCUCCCCCUCGGUCUCGCCUCCCACGUCACCAAAUGAUACGGCCAGUGAACUCAGUGGAGCGACACUGAUCAAUGGGGAACACAGCCGGCCUCUCAGCGCCAGCCCAGAUGCAGAUCCAUUUAAGAGUCCACAUCCAGAGGAGAUCUCUACGAUCGAGGUGGCGAGAUUCACUAAGGCUCCUGGCCACAAGAGAAGCAUACCUCACAUUCGACUGCUGGUCAGCCGGCCUAAAAUCACACUCCGUCUUCGACUGCCAGGUAAGAGCGAAAUCGGAACAAAGAAAGGGACGAAGGAAGAGAAAAAGAAUCAAGGCACUAAGCUAGGGAGGAAAAAGCAGGGGAAGAAGAGUGGAGACAAGGGGAAGAAAGUAAGGAGCCAAAAGGGGCGUCAAGUAUAA